CCAUUGUCCUCCCCAAAAUAGCCUUCUCUUUCUUCUUCUUCUUCUUCUUCUUCUUCUCUCUCUCUCUCUCUCUCUCUCUCUCUCUCUCUCUCUCUCUCUCUCUCUCUCUCUCCAUGAUAGAAGUAUAGCUGAAGGAGGAGAGAGAUGAAGAACACCAUUAAAUGUUGUAUUUCAUGCAUUCUUCCAUGUGGAGCACUUGAUGUGAUUAGGAUCGUUCACUCCAAUGGGCAUGUGGAGGAAAUAAGUGGCACCAUUCGAGCAGCUGAGAUCAUGAAACUACACCCGAAGCAUGUACUCAAGAAACCCUCUUCUCCUUCCUACACCGAUGAAGGAACAGUUAAGUGUCCUCAGAUCAUCAUUUUGCCACCAGAUGCCGAGCUCAAGCGUGGAAAGAUUUACUUUCUGAUGCCGGUUCCUCCUUCUUCCUUGCCUGAAAAGACUCGUUCCAAGUCAACAUCAACCACAAGAAAGAAAAAGAAUGUUGUUAGCAGUAAGAAUAUUAACGCGAACAGCAAUCAAGAUAAUAAUUUAUUAACAGAUCUUCUUGUCUCUGAUCGCUACUUGACUGAGAUUCUAUCGGAAAAGGUGAAGGAUAGGAGGAGAGGCCGUGUUGGCGUGUGGAGACCUCAUUUAGAGAGCAUUUCUGAAGCUACAAGUGAUGCGUGAAUUAAUGUGGUUUUUCUUUUUUUUUUUCUUUUUCUUUUUCCUUUCAAAUCUUCUUUUAAAAAAAGUCGAAUUCAUUUUACAUAUUCGUAUUCGUAUGCCACUUAAAUCCUGUUAUUCUUGUUCUUUUCUUUUUUCUAGAAACCUUUGUAUAUACAAGAAGGGAAAAACAAGAAAUAACAUGUAAUCUGAUGCUCUCUUAUGUUUUAUUUAUGGUUUAAAUUUGUGAAUA